CCCACCUGCCAGCGUUCCUUUCUUGUUCACAGACCUGGUAAACUCUGGUGCCAUCUUCCACAGCUGCAGAGAAUGACCUUGCCUACAUUGGGCCCGACUUUCCACUCUACCCCAGGGGCUGUGUGUUAAAAAUCACUACCUCGACUUGAAGUUCACUAGAUGUCUGGGAUUUCUUGUCUUCCUUGAACGCCAUACUUCCGUUAUUUACUUGCUUUGACAAGCAGAUCCAUGACUCCAGGCUGUUUAAUUUCCGAUCCCCUCCAAAUACAUCACAUUCUAUCUCAAUAAACUGCAAAGACUUCACAGCAAAAUGGUGAACUGGAAACUACCAGAACCCACCGACCGACUGAUCGCGGCCCUCAUUGCGGCCCACCCAGCUCUCAAGAUCGACUACCAGACCAUGGUCAUAUACUUCGGCCAAGGAGCGAACUACGACACAAUGCACGGCCGAUUGCGUAGAUGUCACAUCCUAGCCGAAGAGCUUCAAAAGGAGACCCGAGAACGUGGUGGCAUCACCGACCUCCCUAGAGCACGAAAAUCCACAACAGGCACCGGCUUCUCUACACCCCGAACACCACGAGGGCCCCGUAACGGCAUUCAAAAAGCCUCAUCUUCGUCGUCGUCCCGGGGGAAAGUCUUCCCCAGACCCUUGGAUCUAGUGACACCUACAAGGAGCGGACCGGCGGCCCGAAACGGAGGAUCCGCAAUAGAGGCAAUAACGAUAGACGACGACUUCAUGGAGUUGGAAUCAACGAUCCGGCCUGCGGUCAAAACUGAUUCUCGGACUGUCUUCCCCAUUGUGGAUACGUCUUCCGAAGAUGAUAUCGAGAUUAUCGAUCACCCUGCAUCGUUUAGGAUCGGUAAAGUCGAACAACCUCCUCAGCCUAGUAACACUUUCUUCUCAUACAGUGGUAUCAACAAUGAGAAUGGAUAUGGACUCAAACCCGAACGGACAGAAAGUGUUCUCCUGGACACCACCACCAACGAGGCCGAUCGUGCAAAAACCGUCGCCCCAAUCCCACCACCGAGUAACCUGACCACCGAUCCUUUCAACACAAGUAUGGGCGGCUUUUUCGUGAAUUCAGAUUACGAUAUAGAUGAUAUCUACGGGGGUGUUGCAUGACUUGAGCUCAUUUUUCAAAGUUUCCAAACUUUUUUUCUAUCUUUUUAUUUUCAAUAUAUUUUUCACCCCAUCUUCCCUUCCUUGGUUUCGGUGCUGGUUUUUCCACCAUCUAAGAUUCUUUAUACCUUUUCUGUGUUCCCAAUUUCCUUCUCUAUCUAUUCCCUACUCCCUAUUUCCAAUAUUCUAUCAUCACUCUUAUCAUCUCGUACCCCCUUUCUUCCCCCUCCGACAUUCCCGCUGUUAAUAGCCGCGAUAUGAUACAUCAACCGAAUAACCCGACAAAUCAACCAACCUUUUCCCUUCGAUCCGAUCCACAAUCCCAUUCCCCGAGAACGAAAAGAAAAAUCAUGGUUUUUCCAGCGCCAAGUGGGGUAUGUUUGUAUCGUGAAGUGAUAGAUCACUCGGGGCCGGUUCGUAUACGUUUAAGUACCUGCUUAUUUAGUACAUACAUGCGUUAGGUGUGCAUAUGGGACG